GGCUCCAGCACGCUCUUUCGUCUUGCCACUCUCCCUACCUUCCUGGCCCGGUGGUGACGCUCGCUCUGCUCCACUCAUUCCUUCUCUCCACCAAGAUGCGCUCGUUCCUCUUGCUCGCCGCCGCUACGGCGCCACUCGCCCAAGCUGUACGCAUCGUCCAGUCCAACGACGACGGCUGGGCAGAAAUUAACCUCCGGACCUUUUUCAACGUCUUGACCUCGGCAGGCCAUCAGGUAGUGCUCUCUGGACCGGCUGAGAACCAGUCUGGCACAGGCUCGUCCGACAAAGCGCCGACAACUGUCGGCAGCGACGGCUGCAUCCACGCCUCUUGCCCAGGCGGGAGCCCCCCAACUGGCGCAAACGCAACAGAUCCUCGCCUGAAUUACGUCAACUCGUUUCCCGUCACCUCCAUCAAGCAGGGCAUUGACGUUACCGCACCUGCUUUGUGGAAUGGGGCCAAGCCUGAGCUUGCCCUAACCGGACCGAAUGUCGGUAGCAAUGUUGCUGUCCAACUUCCCUUCUCUGGAACCGUUGGAGCCGCCGUUUACGCAGUCAAGACGGCCCAGAUCCCAGCCAUUGCCUUCUCAGGCAAGAGUGGCGAGCCUACUGCUUGGAACGCCCCCACGCCUCUCUACAGCAAAGUUUACGCCGACCUCGCUCUUAACGUAACUAGCACCAUCAUCAAAAGUGGCAAGCCGUACCUGCCCGCAAACACGUUCCUGAACGUCAACUUUCCCGAAGUUUCCGACUCCCGAUGCAGCGACCCCAGCCAGUUCAAGUUCAUCUUUACUCGCGUCAACACUGGCGUCUUUAGCUCCCGCGAUGCAGAAUGGUGCGGUAGCACGCGCCUGCCCUGGGAAGCUGAUGUCAUCCUGCUCCGGGGCAGGGACUGCUAUGUUACCAUUAGCCCUGGCGAUGCAAACGACAAGUCUACUGUGAAUGAUGCCGCUGUUCAGACUCAGAUUCUCAACAAGCUCAAGCCUAUCUUGUCGUGCUUGCCUUGA